AUUAGCUUUGCCGUUCUGAACUGCGUAAAGACAAAAAUCCUUUGGCCUACAUGUAUUUUUUUUGUAAUAUAUAAAAUAAAAUCUAUGUUAUUAUCGGAAAGAACAUACAUAUUUCUUCCCGGAGAUCUGCCACCGGAACCCUAACAUGGUGCCAACCGAUUUAGAUGAGCUAGCAUCUGCUGUUUACGCUGCUGAAUGUUAUUUGGAUUUUCAACAACAUUAUGAAAAUAUUGUUGAUCCUAAAGAUAUUGCAAUACACGCGCCACCAAGUCAAUCAUCGGGAGAUGAAAUUUACGAAAGGUUUCAAAAGAAUCCGUAUAGCUUUCUUUCUCAGACCACCGGUGGAACAUUUGUUCAGCUUCCUGAAGUAAGUUCGUUUCCAAUAGAGGAUGGCUGUAGCAGCAGUGCAUCUUCAAGAAGAGGAAGUGGUAAGAAAAGAAUGAGAUGGACUGAACAGCUUCACGGCAACUUCAUCAACUGUGUCAACAUUCUUGGUGGUGCUGAGAAGGCAACGCCAAAGGCCAUACUAAAGAUGAUGCAAUCAAAAGGAUUGACUAUCUUUCAAAUCAAAAGUCAUUUGCAGAAAUAUCGAGCUGAGAGAUAUAUGUCUGAAUAUAAACAAGGAAAACGCGAAACAAGAGACUGUGGCAUACCCGACCUCUAUUUAAAAGCUAGCAUGCAAAUCAAAGAAGCACUAGUCCUUCAACUUGAGUUUGAGAAGCGUUUAUUUGAGCAACUAAAGAUACAAGAAGACCUCCAAUUAAAGAUAGAGGAAAAUGGGAAACAGCUGAAGAUGAUGAUGCAACAACAAAACAAAACAAAUUAAAACCUUUGACUUUAUUUCGGAAAUUCUUAAAAUUUAACCCCUCUGGAGUUUGGAUUACUAAUUAAUAUUACAU